CUCUCCUGCUGCGGCGUUGUGCUUUGCUGUCCUCGCCGCAAAAAAAAAAAAAAAUCGGGAACAGGUUGGAAACGCUGUGCGCUGUUUUUUUUUCGGAUAGUGUGGGUUCAAAAUUUGCCGGAUCAGUCGGGAUGAUAAAAAUGCCUAGGCGCAUUAUUGCAGCUAACUCAAGAACGCGGCUUGAUUAGCCUAGCGCUUAGAGCAUUUGUUUUUUAUUGCCUUCUGCUACUGUGUGUGGGACCGAAAGGUUGGCGUUGGCUUGACUGUGUGGACUGUGGGCAGUGUUACGAUUACAAACGGGAACAGAAAAGUCGGCCAGAGGAAGUGUGGCCCGGGGUGUCCUCGUCGUCGCCUCCGCCGUCACCCUGGUCGUGCUGUCCGCAGUACCUGCACCUAGCGGGAACUGACUGCGGUUUCUUCGUAAUUCCUUUCGUCGUACUGCUUCAACGAGAACCUUCGCCGUCUCCGCAUGUAAACAUCUUCGCCUAGAAACUCGCUCAAUCUCUCUGAAACACACACACGCACACACAAACACAGGAAGCGGCUAGGAUGCAGCGGCAUUGGGGCCACCGGGUCUAAGAUGUCGACACCGAUCAAGAGUAAAAUCACACUAGAACUGUCGAACAAGAAGUCCACUCUACUCAAGGAUCGCCCCAGCGUAUUCCAGCGGCUCGGUACGAAGAAAGUCGGACGCUCCUCGUCAUCGUCUCAGCAGGCUCAUCAGCAGCAACAGUACCACUCGCAGGAUAGUGGCCUUACCAGUGGUGAAACCAAGGAGGAAAUCGUGAAGCGGAUCGUUUCAGCCGUUGACGAGCAGCCGAAACCGGCUGCGAAUGUACCAGAAAGUGUCACUGCUCAUGCCCGGAUAAUACAAGCACAACUAGCGGCGAAGCAACAGCAGCAACAACAGCAACAGCAGGAACAGCAGUUGCAACAAGAGCAACAGCAACAGCAGCAGGAGAAGGAACAGCAGUUCAAUAGCACCAAGACUGUCGCCCCGGUGCGAUCGGAACAUCUGAGCGGUACGGCUAGUGGCACGAGCGGUACGAGUGGCGGUGAGGUGUCGCAUGGUGGUGGUAUCGAGGCCCAUCAAAGCAACAAUCCGCAGUACUUUCAUUCGUAUCACCACCGCCAGUCGAGCCACUCCAGUCUUCCCUCUCACCAGCAGCAGCAGUCUGUCGGGCGGAACAAGCUAGAAGAAGAGGAGGCUGAGGAGAACAAGCAGAAGGAAAGAGAGGAGGAAGAAGUGGAGUUGGAAGAGCAGGAACAGGAGCAAACGAAGGGGCAACAGCAGCAGCAGCAGCAGCAACAUCGUUACCAGCAGCACUCGCAUCAACGUCACCAUCAUCACUACCGCCAUCAGCAUCAUCAUCAUCAUCAACGCCAGGAGCGAGACAAAGAGUUAGAGGUGGACUACGAGGAGCGGGACCCGGCGGUGGUGCAUCCCGGAGGCGGGCAGCAGUCGUCUUCCUACAAGAAGCUGUUGGGCGGCGGAAGCGUGGGGCGGGUUGGGCGUCGGAGGCGUUCGAAUAGUAGCAGUACUAGCAGCAGUAGCAGGAGCAGAAGCAGCAACAGCAACAGCUACCGCAUCCAGAGCCCGAGCAGCGGCGACGGCAGUGCCCGAGAAGGCGCAGGCGGUGCCGGUGGCACUGCAGGUGCUGGUGGUGGGGGGCCAGGCGUCGACGGAACCGGCUGGGACCAGUCGUCCCUGGAGAAUGCUGACCAGGACCUGCUAGAGCGCAAGCGUAAACAACUCCAGCACGAACUGAAGCUCGAAAUGGACGCGUCCAGCAAAAAGAAGGAGCGCGAGCUCGGCAAGAAGCUAAAGCGGCUAAGCGGUGGCGGUGGCAGCCAAUCUAGCUCGCACCAUCGGAGCCAGCACUCGCACUCGCAUCAUCAUCAUCUGCACCAGCAGCAACACCAGAUACACCAAUCGAUGCACCACCAGGUGCAGCAUCGAUCCUCUUCCAGCUCGGAGACGGGCAGCAGCAGCUCGGGCACCGAUUCAUCCGCCUCCGAGUCGACCAGUUCGUCCAGCAGCUCGUCUCACGAUUCGGCCCACCGUCGACUGAAGAAGCGCCAUGCGGCGGCCGCUGUAGCUGCCGCUGCAUCGCGCGCUAGGCGUGACGAUUCGAGCUCUAGCUCGGAUGGACCCGCUGUAACCGUCAGCGCCUCGACGAAAAUGUCGAAAAAGCACGUCAAGAAACUGGUGGCCGCACACGAAGCGGUAACCAGCGGUGGUAAGCGACUGCUGGUAAAGAAGGUGGUUAGCAGCGUUGGCACCAGCAGCGCAACGAUGGUAAAGAAGGCGAUUCGAUUGAAGAAGCUGACCGGGAGCAGCGCUAGUGUCACGCUCGGCGGCAGUAGCGGUGGUAGCGGCAGCCACACCCGAAAGUCCACCGUCGUCUCGUCCCGUGACUUAUCGCCCUCAUCGUCUUCGGCGGGUGGCAAGAUGGGUGGUUCCUCAUCCAGCAAGUACGGCACGGUAAAGACGAAACUGCUGAGCGCUAAGAAGGAGAAGCUGUCCGCUAUCGAUGCACGAGAGCGGGUCCGGGAGAAGGAACGUGAGCUGGUCCUGCGCGAGAAGGAACGCGAGCGGGAAAAAGAACGUGUGCGGCUGCGGGAGCGUGAGCGCGAACGGUUGAAGCUACGUGCCGUCUCACCGGGUGCCCGGCUCCUUCGUUCUACACUAUCGCCGGUGCCGUCGCGUGGUUCGGUGCGCGAAAAGAAAAAGAGCCCUGAGCGGCGGCUCAUUGCAUCGUCACCACCCCCACCGUUAUCGGCCCGCUACCGUGACAUGGUACCGAUUCGGCGUGAACGCUCGCCCCCCGAGCUACGCGAUGAUUCGCGGCGUCGGCACGAGGCACUGAAGGAACGAGAGCGACGAGAGCGGCUGGAGCAGCGCGAAAGGCAGGAACGCCAGGAGCGUGAAUCGCUCGUUCGAGGCAAGGAGCGCGAGCGGGAGGAAGCGGUGCUGCUGCGGUCCCAGGAUCGUCAACGUGAGCGCGACCGUUUGACGUUGAAAGAGCACCACCACCAUCAGCAUUUACAGCAUCAGCAGCAGCACCAGCAGCAGCAACAACAACAGCAACAACAGCAUCAACAACAACAGCAACAGCAGCAGCAACAACAGCAGCAACAGCAGCAACAGCAGCAACAGCAGCAGCAGCAGCAGCAGCAGCAGCAGCAACAACAGCAGCGGAGUUUGCGUGGGCGUCUGAGUGACCGCGAUAACGAUGGUGGACUGGAGAAGCCGGAUCGUCAUCGGCCAGUCGAGCGACUGUUGCCACGACCGGCUGAAAGGGCUCGCGCACUGGCAGCAGCCCGUUCGCCGGGUAAAUCCGUCGACCGGGAUCGCAGCCGGUCGGGCUCACCUAGAAGUGCCAGUCGGUUGCGAGAUCGCGAUCGCUCGUACGAGCGGCUGGACCGCGUCUACCACCUUGACCUGCACGAGUCACGGCGCAGCCGAUCCCGCGAGUACGUCACGAUCGGGGGACCACCGCCGAUACGUGGCUCACGCCGGGACAGUCCACCCAUGUACGAGCGACACAUCGGUCACUCGUAUCGCGAUGCCGACCUGGGCUACGAGGAGCGGCUGCUGGUGCGCGGCAGUGCCGGUGGUGGCAGUGUUGUUGGAGGAAACAACGAACGGGGAGGAGGCGGGCUUGACUAUGGACCACGGGACUAUCCGGACGAUCCACCGCCUCGGCGUGAUCACAGUGAGCGCAGCGGCUGGGAUCGCGAAUCGCGCGUUGAUAUCGUGGUUGAUCGCGGACCACGGUACGAGCGGAUGGAACCGAGCAGUCGGGAUUCCGGUCGUGAUUGGGAUCGAGAGCAUGGACCGCCUCCGCAUUCUGGCCACGGACACGAUCCAGAACCCUACCGGGAUCGGGAGGGUGGUGGUCCAGGUCCAGGUGAGCGGCGUACCUGGGAUGAGGGUGGCCGUCCGUGGAAGGAGAGUGAACCGUGGGCGAGCGAAAAGUCGGACCGAUCGAUGAGUGACUGGAAGUAUAGCAAAGAGCGCCAUUGGGAGCACGAUGAGGGACAGCGGGGCGUCAUUGGUGGGCCAUCGUCGUCCACUGGCUCGCACCACGGUGGGCACGGCCCGUCGCACGCUAGCGGCAGCAGUGGUGUUCCGUCAGGCGGUCCGCGGCGUUCUUGGGCACCACCACCAGCUCCUCCGGGCAGCAGUGGUGGUCCUUCCAGCGGUGGACCCUCCGAUUGGCAUCCGGGCAAGGGAGGUGCAGACGAGCGAGACUUUCUGCCCCAUCAGCUACCACGAUCCCACGGUGAACGGGCGCUUGGCUUUCGGCGACAUCACGGCCCCGCCCCGUAUCACACUCAUGCUCGUAAACCACCGCACCUGGUGACUGGUGGUAGUGUUAAUGUUAGUGGAGGUGGUGGUGCUGGUCCUAGCGGGGGCAGUGGCACCGGAGGACUGCAGACCGGUGUUGGAGUGAGUCGCUUUGGACCAAACAAGUACAGCCUAAAUCGUACUCCCGGUCGCGAUCCGACCGGUGGCCCACCGAUGGGACCAAACCAUCAGGCCAUCUCCAGCCAACACCAGCACCAAUUACGCCAAACGCCACCAGUUCCACCGAUGAGUAUUGGAAGUCCUGGUCCUGGUGUUGCCACGCCAACUGCUGCUGCUGCUGCUUCUUCUUCUGCCGCAACAUCACAGCUACCACACCCACAGUCGUCGUCGUCAGUCAACCUCCAUCCACACGGCCACACACACCAUCCACAGCAACAGCGCGCUGGUGGACACCAUGAACCGCUGGCGGCAACGGUUCAUCAAACAGCAGCAGCGGUUGACGGUACUUCCGGGCUCUGCAAUUCGUCUAAUCAGCACCAUGCGAGCCAUCCAACGGCCACUGGAGUUUUGUCGCACUCGGCUGUCGACGUGGCCAGUGGCGAGGCAGCAAAGGGUCCCGAACUGAUUGCGGACCAACCAAGCAGCCCCUCGCCCGAAUCACCUGAUCCGUCCGAAGCCGGUCAAUCGAGCGACCUGCUACUGGCAGGUGUCAAAGUGGUCUCCAAUGGCACCCAGGGCGCCGUUGUGUCGACCGAUACGCCUAGCCUACUGCCGGACGUACGCGUUGAGGCGGCUGUGCGCGGUGAAUCAAUGGAGGUGGACAAUCUAAGCGAAAUAAGUGAUGAUCCGGACGAGAUACUAACGCGGGAUGAGGACAUUUGUGCUAACGACUCCCAGCUCGAGGGUGUUAGCCAGACGGAAGAUACCAGCCAGCAGCAGCCGACCCUGGUAGCACCGGAGCCACGCAUGCAAGAAACAUUAGAUGAACAGCAGCCGACGCUGCUGCAACCAGAGCCACGCAUACAGGAGGCAGUGGAUGAGCAGCAGCAGCAGCAGCCGCAGCAGCAGCAGCAGCAGCAGCAACAACAGCAGCAGGAGCAACAACAAGAACAACAAAAUCAUCAACAAGAACCACUAGUUGCGACGUCAGUGUCAGCAGCAGUUGUCGAUAACUCCUCAACCGCCGAUGGUGGUACAGGAGCGCAGUCCGAUGACAUCGCUCCCGCGUCCAUGACAGACGAACCGACGAGCGAGGGGACUGGCAAGGCGGGUGCUCCAUCAGCGGAUGCUCUAUCGAUCCAUGAGCGGGACCAACGCGAUACUAUAAGCAAGGAAAUGAGUGGUGGUACCGUUGGAACAUCCACCGCCAACAAGGAGCUCAAGGAAGAGAUGAAUAUCGAUUUCGAAGAGAUCUCGGACGGCGAAUUGGACGAGGAGAACCGCUGCAAGGGUUUGGGCGAUCCGCUCGGUGUCGAUUGGGCCGGCCUGGCCACACAGGCGACGCCACCGCGACCAAUGCAGGAGCUGCAAAACUUCCCAAUGUCGGCCCGGAACCGCUGGAAGGCGCAUCACAUCAUGCUGGAAAUGGGCGUGUCGGUGCGGUUGGCUGGCCUCAGCUACGCCCAGCGUGUACUCAAUGAGUCGGCCGACAAGCUGGCCGAGGACAUCGGUCAGUGGAAGGAGGAGUACGCUGCUUCGUUGUCUGGCAGGCAGCAGCAGGACACCAAGCCACCGCUGCUGACACCGACAACCCCGGCGAACAAGCUGAACCACGACCGCUAUUACACACCGGGCGAUGAGGAGGACGAAAGCAACGAGGCCCGAGCGGCGGUCGCUGCUGACGAGGAGUCGCCGAACACAGCGGAACAGCAGUCAGCCAAUAACGGAGGACCAGACAGCAAACCGCUGAUACGCAUCAAGCAUGAGGAGCUGGAUGAGUCGGAACUCUCACCGGUGGAGAACCACAGCGCUGCCACGCUAGAGCAUGGCACUCUCGGUAGCCCGGUAACGGCGACGACCGUCACAACGGCUGGUGCUGACGGUGCGGUCGCCUCGGUACUAGCGUCGCCUGCCACCAUCACCAAGCUCGAACGGAUCGAGCGUUCGUUGAAGGAUCUGGAGCGGAUACUUCAUCCGGUUGUGGCAAUGCACGUUGGUUUGCGCGAACGGGAGCAGGCUCGAUCCAACCUGAUCCUGCAGACAGAGGCGACGGCUGGGCAGCCACGGUACACCGGGCGUGCCCUGAGCGCUCGACGCGAUCUGCAAAUACGUCGCCAGCUGAACGGAUAUCCGCCGGCCGAUCCUGACGGUCCGAUGGAUCCGGCUAUCGGUGGCGGUACGAUUAACCCAUCGUUACACGAGGCCAUUGCCGCGGUGCAUCGGGAGCUAACGGAAUGUACCAUGCGGAAGAAUGUGGCGUAA